AUGGAAACUGUGAAUGGAAACUGUGACUCUUAUGGAAACUGUGACUCUUAUGGAAACUGUGACUCUUAUGGAAACUGUGACUCUUAUGGAAACUGUGACUCUUAUGGAAACUGUGACUCUUAUGGAAACUGUGACUCUUAUGGAAACUGUGACUCUUAUGGAAACUGUGACUCUUAUGGAAACUGUGACUCUUAUGGAAACUGUGACUCUUAUGGAAACUGUGACUCUUAUGGAAACUGUGACUCUUAUGGAAACUGUGACUCUUAUGGAAACUGUGACUCUUAUGGAAACUGUGACUCUUAUGGAAACUGUGACUCUUAUGGAAACUGUGACUCUUAUGGAAACUGUGACUCUUAUGGAAACUGUGACUCUUAUGGAAACUGUGACUCUUAUGGAAACUGUGACUCUUAUGGAAACUGUGACUCUUAUGGAAACUGUGACUCUUAUGGAAACUGUGACUCUUAUGGAAACUGUGACUCUUAUGGAAACUGUGACUCUUAUGGAAACUGUGACUCUUAUGGAAACUGUGACUCUUAUGGAAACUGUGACUCUUAUGGAAACUGUGACUCUUAUGGAAACUGUGACUCUUAUGGAAACUGUGACUCUUAUGGAAACUGUGACUCUUAUGGAAACUGUCCACAUGAUCCUUUCCUUUAA